GCAACAAUGGCUCUCUUCGUUCUAUCUCUCCUAACGCUCUCAGCCAUUUCCUUCACGCAUGCAGAUUCUGGAAUGAUCGGAGUAAACUACGGCCGCAUAGCGGACAAUCUCCCGGCGCCGGAGAAAGUCGUUGAGCUUCUAAAAUCUCAAGGAAUCAAUCGCGUCAAGCUUUAUGACACUGACAAAUCCGUACUAACCGCGCUCGCAAACUCCGGCAUCAAAGUCGUCGUCUCUCUCCCCAAUGAGAAUCUCGCCGCCGCCUCCGCUGAUCAGAGCUACACCGACAACUGGGUUCAGGAAAACGUGAAGAAAUACACGCCGGCAACUGAUAUCGAAGCGAUAGCCGUCGGGAACGAAGUGUUCGUCGACCCCAGGAACACGACGGCGUAUCUAGUUCAAGCUAUGAAGAAUAUUCAGAGCUCGCUCGUUAAGUUUAAUCUCGAUGAAUCGAUUAAGGUAUCGUCGCCAAUAGCCUUGAGCGCGUUGGCGAAUUCGUAUCCACCGUCAUCCGGUUCGUUUAAACCGGAUUUAAUCGAACCGGUGAUUAAACCUAUGUUGGAUCUGCUUCGCAAAACGUCGUCGCAUAUCAUGGUGAAUGCUUACCCGUUCUUCGCCUACGCGGCUAACGCCGAUAAGAUCUCGUUGGAUUACGCUCUGUUUAAGGAGAACGCCGGCAAUGUAGAUUCCGGUAACGGUUUGAAGUAUAGCAAUCUCUUAGACGCGCAAAUCGACGCCGUUUUCGCCGCCAUGGCCGCCGUGGGAUUCAACGACGUCAAGCUCGUGGUGACGGAGACGGGCUGGCCUUCCGCCGGGGACGAAAACGAGAUCGGCGCCGGUUCGGCCAACGCGGCGGCGUAUAACGGCGGGUUAGUUAAGAGAGUGUUAACGGGAAACGGAACGCCGUUAAAACCGAAGGAGCCACUUAACGUCUAUCUGUUCGCUCUGUUCAACGAGAACCAGAAAACGGGGCCCACGUCGGAGAGAAACUACGGGUUGUUUUACCCUAACGAGAACAAAGUGUACGACGUUCCGUUCUCCGCUAAGUCAACUCUGGUCAACGAUGGCAAAGAUAAAGUUCCGGUGAAGACGCCGUCGUCGCACGCGGGAGGACAGACGUGGUGCGUGGCGAACGGGAAGACGACGAAGGAGAAGCUUCAGGAAGGUCUCGACUACGCUUGCGGCGAAGGAAGCGCUGAUUGCCGUCCGAUUCAAAAGGGUGCCACGUGUUAUGAUCCGGAAUCGUUAGAGGCACACGCUUCUUAUGCGUUCAACAGUUACUAUCAGAAGAACGCGCGUGGUGUUGGCACGUGUGAUUUUGGUGGUGCAGCGUACGUGGUCUCGCAACCUCCUAAGUACGGGAAAUGCGAGUUUCCAACAGGGCACUGAAAUGGGAAUGGAGGGGGAGGAGGAUCCGGCGGAUUAAUUAAUAGCAUUUUCUCGUUAUCUAUUUAAUACAUUGUUUUGUCAUUCGAGUAUAUGAUUAUUUACUGCGUAGAUUUGUUUUCAUUAUUGUAUAUUUGGUUGGUUUCGUCGUAUCAUAUAAACUGGUCUCAGUAUUGUUUCCUUAA